GUCCUCAUCAUCUCGUAGUGUUGAAAACAAUGCAGCAACGGAAUUCAGUCAUCUAGACAUCCAUGAUAGAAGAAUAACUCAUGAGGAGAACCUCUUAAAAAAUGUACCAUGGUUUCAGUCUGGCAUUCCAAGGGAGAUAGCCAUGGAGAUAUUACAACAGGAUGAGAUUGGUGCCUUUGUUGUCCGUAAUAGUGGUAGUCAUCCUGGCUGCUAUGCCUUAUCUAUGAAAGUAACUAAAGAUGUCAAUCGUAUUGGUAUUGUUAACUAUUUAAUAGAAUAUAAGAAUGGUAAAUAUACACUCAAGGGUUCUGGCAAAGUUUUUCCUGACCUCACAACUCUGAUUAACUAUUACUCCAUGAAUAGAGACUUGUUACCAUGCCGACUAAACUUAGCGAGAACAAACCCAAUUUACCAUGUUGUAGAUCCUGAUGUCAAAGAUGAUCUCCGUUGUGAUGAAGAUGAAAGUGAUGAAGAAGAUGAUCAAGAUUAUUUAAAGCUGUCAGAUUUUACAACUCUAAUGAAUGAGAUAAGACCACAUUGAAUGUAAAUUAUGACACAAUGUAGCACACUUACAGCCAUAGUACCAAUCACACACAACAGACAUGUGGGGUUGGCACCAAUGCCUUCCCUAAAACAAC